CUAAAACAUAAUACAGUGCAACCAAACCAAACCAAACCAACCACCCACAGAUAACAGUACAUACAAGCAAGCGUCGUCAGGCAGGCCGGGUCAAUAUCAAUAGGGCAGGUAGGUACAGAGGGAGGAAGCGGAGAUUGGUCGGGGUCACAGGCCAGGUUCAGCAGGUAGCAAGCAGCGUGGUACAGAGGGUCAGGCAGAGGGAUGGUCAGGAGCGAGCCGGGAUCAGAGCAGGAGAAGUCAGCAGCGGUUCAGAAACAGGAUGCAGGACAGAAACAGGAUGCAGGACAGAAACAGGAUGCAGGGCCCAGGACAAACACAACACCAAGGCAGAGUCUGUGGGUCUGGCCA